AUGUGUUCUCUUUCCAGAGAGAGAGCAGAAGGAGGGAGAGUGAUUGUAGAAGUUGAUGACAAAGUGGCAAAAGUCAGAAAUAUAAAGGUUGACAGUAGACUUGAUAGCAGUUGGGACUCCAGAGAAAAAACUGUGGCCUUCAGCUUUGACUACUGCUACUGGUCAGUUGAUCCUGAAGAUCCAAAGUAUGCAUCUCAGGAAAUGGUGUUCCAGGACCUUGGCACUUCUGUGUUGUCUGGUGCAUUUAGAGGAUACAACAUCUGCCUCUUUGCAUAUGGACAGACAGGUUCAGGAAAAACUUACACAAUGAUGGGAACACCUGCAUCCAUUGGGCUGACACCUCGUAUAUGUGAGGGCCUCUUUUCAAGGAAGGAUGAUUACUCAGACCAGAUGGCAUCGUGCAGGGUAAAGGUCAGCUUUCUUGAAAUCUACAAUGAGCGUGUCCGAGACUUGCUGAAACAUUCAGACCAAAAGAAACCUUACACACUUCGAGUUCGAGAGCACCCUGAAACAGGACCAUAUGUACAAGGUUUGACUCAGCAUUUAGUUACAGACUACAAGCAAGUUGUAAAACUUCUAGAAGAAGGAAUAGCUAAAAGAAUCACAGCAGCUACACAUAUUCACAAUGCCAGCAGCAGAUCCCAUGCUAUCUUCACUAUCCACUACACUCAGGCUAUAUUGGAGAACAAUCUUCCCUCUGAAAUUGCAAGCAAGAUCAACUUAGUGGACCUUGCAGGCAGUGAAAGAGCUGAUCCCAGUUACUGUAAAGAUAGAAUUACAGAAGGUGCCAAUAUUAACAAGUCAUUAGUUACACUUGGAAUUGUCAUAUCCACUUUAGCACAAAAUUCUCAGAUGUUCAGCAGCUGCCAGAGCAUUAACAGCGUGACGAGUGAGGGGGAGAGCAGCCGUGUGGACAGCAGCAGCAGUGGGAGCAGGCGGCCGGCUUACAUCCCCUACCGUGACUCCAUCCUCACCUGGCUGCUGAAGGACAGCCUGGGGGGCAACUCCAGGACCAUUAUGAUAGCCACUAUCUCACCUGCCAGCUCCAGCUACAAUGAGACCAUGAGUACCUUGAGAUAUGCUGCAAAUGCCAAAAAUAUUAUUAACAAGCCCAGAGUAAAUGAGGAUGCAAAUGUGAAACUGAUCAGAGAACUGAGAGAAGAAAUUGAUAGGUUGAAAGCUAUGCUGAUGAGCUUUGAACUGAGAAAUUCCAGUCCCUCUUGGAGUGAUGACAGGGAUGGCAAUCUGACCGAGCUGGUCCUUCAGAAUGAAAUGAAGAUUGAGCAAUUGACCAAAGACUGGACAAAUAAGUGGACAGACAGGAAAGCCAUCAUGAAAGAAUACAGUGUGGACAUCAACAAAGAAAAAGCUGGAGUAACAAUAGAUUCUAAUUUACCUCAUCUAAUGGCCAUGGAUGAUGAUAUCCUCAGCACGGGAGUGGUGCUGUACCAUCUCAGGGAAGGAACAACCAAAAUUGGAAGAAGUGACGCGGACCAAGAUCAAGACAUUGUUUUGCAGGGACAGUGGAUUGAGAGGAAUCACUGUUUGAUAGAGAACCACUGUGGGGUUGUGACACUGCGGCCGGUCCCAGGCGCGCGCUGCUCUGUCAACGGGUGUGAAGUGUCUGGAUCCUGUCGUCUGUCACAAGGGGCCCUUGUUGUUCUUGGCAAAUCUCAUAAGUUUAGAUUCAAUCACCCAGCAGAAGCUGCUGUCUUAAGACUAAGAAGAUCGAUUAAUGAAACUCCACGCUCUCUGAGCUGUGGAGCUUUGGACUGGCUCAAUUUGGAUGGAAGUUCAAUCAGUUCUCCACACUAUAUCCUUUCUUCUCUCUACAAUCAAAAAUGUAGAAACUGUGAAGAAAACAAAUGUUCUCUUGAACCAAGCAGAGAAAUAGAUGCUGUGCAUGAAGAGUACAAGCAGAAACUGAGAGACCAGGAAGCUUUCCACAGAAAACAAAUUCAACGACAGCAGCUCUUUGUUGAGGAUUUAAAGCAGCAGAUUCUGAAAGGACAGAUCAAAGCAGAGGAGGAACUAGAAAAUGACCAGGCACUCAUCAACCAGCAAAUCCAAGAAAAUCAGCAGUGGCUUAUAAAUGAGAAUAAACGUCUGUCUGCUCUUCAGCAGCAGCAGAGGGAGUUUGCAGUGCAAACAGAGUCUACACUGUGUGCAGAGGCUGAGGUGCAGAGCACUACUGGGCUGGAAACCUGCCUUUCUCUGCUACAGCAGAACAAGAAGAGACUGGUGCAGCUGGAGCUCCUGCAAAGGUACUCCUUAAAAAAGGCUGAAAGAAACAUAAGAAGGAAAAAGGUCAAGUUCCGGCUCGAAAGGAUAGUCAAGAAGCAGAAGCUACUGGAAGCCAAGCAAAACCUAGAGCAGCUGGAAGCUAGGUGCUGGCUCAGUGAAGAGUGUAUGAAAGAACCCCAAGUCCUAAGUGACAAUAUUUCUGUACAGUCCUCUUUGGAUCACCACUUGCAAAAGAGACAGAAAUCGUUGGGUUUGAGCUCCUUGCAGCACAGACAUUUGUUCUGUAACUUGUACCUGCCCCAAGGACCCAGCUGUUUUUCGAAGAGGGAUUCUGCCUCAAAGUUAUCUACCUCACCAAAUACUGAUCAACAUUGUAAAGGUACAACAGGGACAUUGUCACAUGUAGAAUACCUUUACAGAAGUGGUAAAGACAUUUCUGGAAGUGAUGACCUUAAUGAUGAAAAGCCUUUUCAAUCCUCCUUCUCAAUCCAGAGGCAGCUAACUGAAAAACAAAAAACAUCUUCAAUUGAAAAUAAAAAAGGAGCAGAGAAAGACUCUAAUGAUUCAGCUAUCAUGGCUUAUAUCAAUAAAAAUUGCAAAAAAAUUGAAAAGUUGGAUGACAGCCCAGGGCAAGCUGGAUCUCAAAACCAGACCUCUAAAGGUUCCUCUCCUGAUCUUUUUAAGGAGAAAGAUGAGCCUAAAACCUUUAUUGCAGGGAGAAGAAUGACAAAAUCAAAGGUGCUAGGAGAUUUAAGUCAGCCUGCCAGUAGCAAUGUAGCACAAAAUAGAGCUCAGGUAUCCAAUAAAAAGAUUAGAAUGGAUAUCAAUGGAAAAGGCCACAGGUCUUCUCCAGAAAACUUUCCUAAACAAAUGAAAAAAACAGUGUAUGGAAACCCACCAUCACUGCAUCUAAACCAAACAGUCAAGAACUGGAAGACAGAGGAAAACUUAGUCUUGCCAAGUCAUGAAAAAUCAUCAGUUGAACAGAAAGAAUUUCUGAUAACAGCGACAUCAGUAGGAAAUCUCACUAAGAUGAACUCACAGACACCACUCUCUUAUGUUGAAAGAAAGUGGCACAGUGCUGAGAUACUAAGUGCUGGGGUGUCUAAGACAGCCACAGAUGUGCUGGGGAACUGGCAAGAGGAUGAUGAAAAUGAGAUUUCUGAUACUGACAGUUCCUAUUCUGUAGAUUCGCUCUCCUGUGCUUAUGUAAAAGCUUUCCCGGAGAAACUGAAACUGGAAGAUUUUGACAGAAAUAAAUGUCUUGCCAACCCAGAAGAUUCUGAGAGUGAUGACAGUCAAAUGUCACAAGACUCUCUGAUAGAAAAGGAAAGUAAAGCCAAAAAGCAAAAUACAAGCCAAUUUCACAAGUUAAAGGCCCAUCAUGAGCCAGCUAAGCUUUACAAAAGCAGAACUGAGAACCGUAUUUCAUCUUCAGUGACAUUAUAUGCAUCUCACAGGAGACUGGGAAAGGCUGAAAGAAGCUUUUCUCUGGAUAGCUUAGCUGAUGGAGAAGAGAUGCCAGCAGAAGAUCUGGUAGAAGAAUCCAAAUCUGACUCAUCCGAUGAAGUGCCAGCAGAGAUUUUCUGGAAGUUACAAACUCCUAAAUUGCUAGCUACACAGACUGAGGAAGACCAUGAAUCCAAGACCUGCGACAGAGAUACAGAAGGGACCAAUUAUGAUCUGAAGUUGAGCAGUUCCUUUUAUUUGAACACCAAGACACAGACUGCUUCCAGUAAUGCUUGCGAGCAGUUGCUGAAGGGGACAAAAGUCUCUUUUGUAGAACAAGAAAGGUCACUUGAAAGAAGACUCUACUAUACAAGUGGAAUUCCUUUGAUUGCUAAUGAUGCCUGGUCUUCCUGUGACUCAAAGGUUGACAUCAGCAACUCCAGAAUAACAGCAUCUUCUUCCCAUGAAAACUUGGAAUUUCAAGAUGCUGAUCUGUGCUCUUUGAGCAAACCAGAACUUUGGCUAAAGAAAGAUGAUCUGAAGCAGUCAGCUGCUGAGGUUUCCUUUGUUUCUGGCUCUAAGCAGAUUCACAGCAUUGCUCACAGUCCUCAUCAUGUAAACCAAAUAAACUCAGUUUUCUCCUCUGACACAUUGGAAGUACCUUUACCUGAAACAACAACUAAAACUGCAAGCAGGGCUUCUGAGAGCGGAUCAUUAAGUAAGACUUUUAAGGGAUGGACAAACUCUAAUGAAAAUUCUUCCUUAGAAUUUCAAAAUGUAAUGUCCUCAUUUGUUAGCUCAGUAGGACCAAGUUACUCUUUUGUUCCUACUUCAGCAGAGCGUGAUUAUUAUGAACACUCAAGGUCAAAGCAUCCUGAACAAGAACAACUGGGUGAAUUGUCUACUUACAGGUCUGCUACUGAAUGUACAGAAACACUGAGCUGUUUGGAAAGCACCUCCACUGCAGACUGCUUGUCACUGGUAUCUAAGGAAGAGGAGAAGUCUCUCGCCACAACUCAUCCAGAGUUGCCAAAAGAUAACACUCUGAAUAAACUACCUUUUAUCUCUGUGUUGCCUGUGCAUAUUGUGGAACAGAGGAAUGGCUGUGUCGAUGCAGAUUUAGAAGAUGACUUACUACAAACUUUUUCAAAAGAUGAGCUUGACAAUGACUACAAAAACUUGAUGACAAAAUCAAGUGUGACAGGUGCAUCUGUCAGUGCACCUACUGCUGAGUGUUCUAUGGGACUUGCUCAUAAUAUGACCUCAACACAAACAUCUGCAGUACAACACAUCCAAUUUGGAAACUGCGGGCAGCUUUUUCCAGAACAGAAAAUACCAACGUGUUGUGAUGAAGGUUUCUUUCUCAGUGACUUAACAAACAAGAACUGCUCUCUAGUGAGCAGUUACAAGCUUCAGACUCUGGCUGGACAAGGAGCAGAAUCAGCUGAUACAGAAGAACACCCCAAGGCUGGUGAGAGUCAUCUGGAAACAAUGCAAGAAACAGAUCGUGAACAAACACCUGCAGAAGUAACAGCAGAAACAGAUUUUUCCUCACAGAAGACAACAUAUCAAUGUCACCCUUUAGUUGUUGCUACCAGUGCAAGUUAUGACCAGUCUGCAACACCAAUGGAGAUGUCUCAAAAAGAGAGAAUCUGUAUGGAAAUAAGCAUAGAUAGCUUGGCAGACAUUGUGCCAGAGGUGUCUUCAUUCAGCGAUCAUGAAGAAUGCGUAUCAAAGGAUGAAGGCUUGUCUUCACUAAAUCAUUAUGAAUUCAAACACAAACCUGGUUCAAAGGAUUAUUCCCCUGGGUGUGCUCUAGCAGACAAUCAGGCAAGUUACUUAUCCCACCAAAUUUCAGAAAAUUAUAUGUUAUGCACUGAUAACGUAAGAGAAGAAAGCAGUGAAGGCAAAGAACACAAUGUAUUGAAUUUUCAGGCUGUAGUUCAGAAAGAAUUUUCAUCCAAAUACAAAAACCUAGUGGUAAAUGAAGUAAGUGAUUUUCUGCUGAAUGUAAAUGAGAAAAAUACCAAGUCCUUUCCUGCUUCUAUUUGUGAGAAUACAAAUGAUUUUCUCCCAGAAUCUAAUUCAAGCCUAUUUUACGAAGUUUCAACAAAAGCUAAUCUUUUUCAAAGUGCAUCUGAGACUGAAAAUUAUGAUAAACUAUUGGAGCAUGUCACAAGAGUGAAAGGAGAUUGUGAUACUACAUCUAAUCUUGCUGUGGAAGUCAGUGUCACAGAAAGUUGUUCUGAUGCACAUUCUGGCUGCCUUUGCCCAACAUGCUCUUCAAAAUCAACAGGGCAGAAAAACACUAAACAUAAGACAACUGAUAUUUCUGCAGAAUUUGAUGCUCCUGUACUCUUGGAAACAGAAAUACAGAAUGAAUAUUUACUUGAAUCUAGAGAAGAGAAAGAAGCAUUUUUUGAAAGUGAUUGCCCAGAGGACAUCUUUCGUGUUGAACAUGAGUUGGGAAGGGUAUUUGAAUGCAACAAAAAUGCAUCAGCUGCCAUUUCUCAAGAGGAGAGUUCAUAUAGAAAUAAAGAAUCCACAUUUUUCAGAAACAAAGAAAUGGGUACAGAAGAAACCAUGGCUCCUUAUCAGAAUACAGGGACAGCCAGAGAUGAGGAAAUAACAAAAUCAAUCAAUAAUCCAAGCAACUUAGAAAAAAGUGGAUUGGAAAAGUGCAUUAAAUCCAGACACACUGAAAGUUUACCUGACAGACCAGUAGCCCGAGUCCAAAGUGUAACUGAAGACAGAAGUAGAAAUUAUUUUAAAGACAUCAGGCUAACUCAGAAUCCAAAGAAACCUCCUGAUAUCACAACUUGUGAAGUUCUCUGUGAGUUUAAUACAAAUCUGUGCCUGACACAUGAAGAGGUGGACAAAGAUGAACUGCAGGAAGCUGGCACAAGGGCAGAACAUACUCAGGAAUCAAAAGCUCUUGUGCAUUCUGGCAGCCAACUUGAAACAAGCAGCUUUUGCCAAAAAGAAAAAAGUGAGAAAAUAGAAAUAGGUAUUUAUUCAACAGAGCUUUCUGUUGCUCCCAAAACCACUGCUUCACCUGUGUGUUCCCACACAAAAGAUAUUAUUCAGAAUACUUUGGGAUUCCUUGAUACUGACAAAGGAAUUUUACGGAUGAACGGAACAACAGAGAGUGUAGCUGAAACAGUACUAAUCCCAAGAAGGCAAGGAAAUAUUUCAACAAAACUUGAAAAUGAAGGACAAAUAAAUUCUAACAAUUUAAUUAAGCAUUGUGUACCAAACUGUUUGCCCCAGGAAGACAAGGUUAAUGAGUGUGAAGUGACUGGGAGUGAAGAACAAAUUACCAUGACAAACACUGAGGAGCUGGUUAGUAUGAAGCAAGACGACACAUGCACAGAUGAAAAUGAUUAUUUUAAUGAACAGUCUCCAGCUCCGCAUCAACUGUAUGGUGACAGAGGUGACAAAGAAGAAAUUUUAGAUCAACUUAAUAUCCCUGAAAGGUACCUGAUGGCUUCUGAAGUAGAACCAAAUAUACUGUUAGAAGAUGAUUCAAGAUACCAUGACCCUACUGAAAUGAGUGAGGAUGGUGAUUCAGUGGACUCUGCUACAGAGAUAGGAAAUGUCAUUGAUGCAUGUGAAUAUUCAGUUGAUGAUGGUGCUGGUAUUGACCAAUACAGAACUGAACAAAACUUUACAAGUCUCGACAGACAUACAUAUGUGAGUUGCUCUGUGCAAGCCCCUGAGCAUGGCACUUCAGAAAACUUGAAUGUAGGUAUAAUUAGAAAAAGUUCUGAUAUUUGUGAAUUGGAUCAAGUAGGCUCCAGAGCUGAGGAAGAGAAAGUGCAAUUGAUGAAGCUACUAGAAAUGGCCAAAGCAGACAAACAAAAGAAGAUAUUUGUAGAAAACACAGAGGAGGUAGAACAGAUCAUUUUGCAAAACCUGGAUGAACUCUUCCCUGAAAACAAAGGCAGCUACCAAAUGACCCAUGAUGACAGCAGUUUAAAUGAAAUAUUAAGAGAAAGCCAGUGGAUAUCUACCAGCUUUUCUGGAAACAAUGAAGACAUUAGCAAGCAACAAAAUCUACCAGCAUCACAGAUGUGUACAGAAAAAAACCGAAAACUUCAAGACUCCCCAUGCCAGUCUGUCAAUCAGCCUUUAUACCUUGGAGGAAGUGAUGAUUCCCAUCUUGUUCAAGAUGUUCCCACUGCACUGAAAGGAUCUACAAAACCAUCCAACAGCAAUCUUGGAACUGGAGCUGUUCUGGCUUACUACAAAACAUUAAUGGAGAGUGAGAUUGGUGAUGGUACAUCUGUUACAGCCAACAAAACAGGAGAAGAUGAACGUCUUCCAGGUAAAACACGAAGUAAGAGUGUAGCUGUUCUGCAAACUGGAACCAUGCAGCAGAGGCAGGAGGAAGAAUCCUCUGCAUUUAAAAAUGGACCCGAUUAUGCCAUAUCUGUGCAGCCUGCAAAUGAGAAAAGCUCUCUCACUCUCUACAGUGCAGGUAGUCUUGAGUCUGGAACUGUUGUACUUCAUCAAAGGGCUGAAGGAAGCUCAUUUUUCUUGGAAAAAUUGGAUUCUUCUGAAGAUAAAAUACAGGAUAUUAAUAAUGCUUCUGAAGAACACAGUAUGGAUUUAAUGGUUAAUAAAUUAUUAAAAGACUGUCUUAAUUCCAUAGAAGAUACAGCCCAAGAGGUAAAGGGUACCAUUGUGCCUGAUUCACUAGUGUUGGAUACUUUAAAUCUGCUGUCUUCCUCAGAGAAAGAAGUGAUGGAAGACAUAGGGGUGGGAAAAACCCAUUCUUUAUUAGAAAGCUCUACCCAAAAAAUAUUUCAGAAUAUUAAUACAACUCAGAAAGUACCUCAGUUGGGAGGUUCAUCACUGCAUGAUGAGAAGACAUUUUUAAGUGCAAGCUAUCCUCCAGCAAACAGUAAAUGUGAAAACACUGAGUUUCCUGGUGUAGCUGGAUAUCAGCAUGAGCCCACAGAAAACCAGGAAUAUGAGGCUUCUGAAGAGUGCUGUGUAGACCAAUUAGGCAACACUGUUUCUGAGAAAGCUUCAGCACUUUCAGAAGGCCUGAACAAGUCUCCAAAGGAAAAUCCACAUUAUACUAAAGACUUUCUAAAUUAUAACAGGAACUUAGGCACUUCUGGAUGUUCUCCUGGUCUUCUGAAUUGUCGAGCAUCAUCUGCAAAUAGUUUAAUUGUCAGCAAUGGAGACAAAGGUAAAAAUGAUACUGUUCUUUCUGAAGAAACAAAAUACUUUGAAAAUGAAUCAGCUGAUUUGAGCAUAUCUGUAACUUUUCCUCGUGUUUCUCAAAAAGGAGAUGGAAAGGAAGAUAAUUGUGCAGUUGCACAGGCCACAUAUGAUCAGAGUAAUAAACUCCCUGAAAAAGUUGUAGGAACAGAGCAAAAGGAGAAAUAUGUUCAAGGUUAUUUCCAGAAUUGUGGUGAUGUAAAAGAAGAUAAAAUUAAUCAGUUCUCAGAACGCUGCAGUAACACUAAUAGUGUGACUGUGCCAGAAUCAGGUCUGCUCACUUUCCAGAGCCAAGGACAGACUGUCCAUAAUGAAUCAAAGGCUCUUCCAUCACACUCUGCAGAAGACACUCCACCUGGGACAACAUUUCAAAGCUCCAAGAACUUCGGUGCUUUUAACACAUCUUUACUUGGGGACUCAAAAUCUCUAGUAUUUAGUCAGCUUGAGGACUCACUUCAGGACAGUUGUUUGACUGAGGAAGUGUCCUGCAACUCUGCAGAUGUGUGCUCUGUAAAAGCAGGAGAUUUUUCCCAGUCAUUUGCAAGAGUCAAUUACCCAGCCUUGACAUCAUUUUCAGAGUUUCCUUUAACUGCAAAUAUAAGCCAUGGUGAAACUACCACAUGUGAUACUUCACAUUCAAGUAUGUUGAAACAGUCUCCAUUUGCUGUUUUGCAAAUACAAGACACUCAGUCUGAUAAAGCUGUGGUAUUUGAUGAGCCAGCAUGUGCUUCAGGAAGUAUUUUACUUUCUCUUGCAAAAGAAAACAGGUAUUUUCCAGUGUCAGACAUAGAUUUUACUUCAUAUGAAAAUUCUGCUUUAGAUGGGGGACCUGCAUAUGGAAGUAAAAUACCUGACAGUGAUACAAAAAUUGAUCAACAUCAUUGGGAUAAAGUUCCACCACAAGAAGCUUGCAACAAACACAUAGAGAAAAUACCAAAUGAUAACUCUCUUUUACUACCAUCAUUAGCUGUUUGGGAUACUAGAAGGGCAAUUCCUAUGAAAGAGGGACAAAUGAGAAAUACACUUAACAGAAGUAAGGAAGAGCUGCAUUCAAAUAUUGAGGCUGAACAUUUUGCAGUAAAGGCAGAGCAGAGAAAAACAUUAAGUAGAGAACCUGCUGAAAAGCAAACUAAUGUAUCCUCAAAUUCUCCAAAUGAAUUAACAGGCUCAGAAGUUACAGUGUUGAAAAAUCUGUAUCCAAGAGAUGUUCAAGUGGAUCCUGAAUACACCUGCAAUUCAUUUAGUCCAGCAUUUCCCACAUACAGAAGCCCUGAUCCCAGACUACCUUAUCACACUGCCCUGGGUUUUGAAAGAAACUCUGCAGAUCUGCAAGAUAACUGUCAGUAUGUUCCUGCAGGUGAACAGAUAGAACAGGUGCCAGAUAGAAAAAAUACAGAUGGUAGAAAAGAGAUUUUACUUUGCAAAAAUAAUAUAUGUUCCAGCAUUGAUAGCCCUGCUGCUGCUGCUGAGGAAGACAUUUGUUCAACAAUGGGGGACACUAUAAUGAGUAAUAAUACUCUGAAAUCAGAAAGACUCGAUUUUUCUGUAAAAAAUAAUGAAACAAGCUCCAUACACUUUUUGCCAGAAAACCAAGAUUUAACUCCUCAAGAAUCCAAAUUGGUGCAAUUCAGGAGCAAAAGAUCAUAUUCUACGGCACAGAGUACAAAGGGCUGUAAACAAAGUGAACGGAGACCUUAUUUACAAAGUCACAGAGUAUCAGCUCCAGCUAUUGUUGUUUUCUCUGAUACAGAAUAUACUUUGGAAGCUUCAUCUAAGGCAGAUUCUGUGUUACAUGCUGCAUCUAAAUCACUACAAGAUUUGAAUAUGAGUGUAGAGCCUCCGUCACCAACUGAAGAUGAUUUUUAUGGAAUUGAAAGAUUUUCAAAGCAGGAAUCAAAAUUUCUACAAGUUAAAUCUAAAUACAGAUUUCAGCAAAAAAUGGCACAAACUAAGAAGCUUGCAAACUGUGGUCCCAAAAACUUACAGAAUUUUGCAACAAGAGGUCAAAGUAGCCAGUCUUUGAAAGACUGUACUAGUCAAUCUCCACCAUCCUUACUGCCCACAGUUCACAGUUCCAUGUGUGCAGAAGCAAAUGUCCAUUCAAAGAGCGGUUCUGUAGCUCAGUGUAGUGAAGGGAAAGGAGAAGAAGCUGGAUACCAGACAGAAACUGAUUUAUUUUUGCAAAAUAAUAAAGAUGCGAUGCAUUUUAGAUCAAGUGAUAUCAACCCGUACAUUCACCCAUGGCAACAAGAUAGAGCCUGCAAGAUUGGCUGGAAACAGUAUGUUUUUGGAAGUGCAAGUGAUGUCUCUUGCAAUCAAAUUCCUUUGAAUCUGGAAAAUCGUAAAGUUAUGAGAUGUUCCAGUGUAGACAAUGGAUUGAACUCUCAAAAUUCUCCUUUUCGUUCUCAUCUAAGUUCAUAUGCAACAGCAAAAGUUUUGUCAAGCACUUUGAGUAGCAUUGAAGGUCUUCAAGAAUGGGACAGUGUCAGACAAGACUUUCAAUCAGCAUGCUCGAGUGACAGUACCAAACAGUACAGCAACAUAUCCAGUGAAACAUUGGAAAACAACUCAGAAAAUAACACUGCUGAACUUGCGAAUCCUUCUGCACAACCUGGUAAUUCUUCAAUGCAGGUUGAUGAAAUUGUACUACUAUACCCUUCAGAGUCUGAAAAACCUUCCAAAAAACCACCAGGGACUACAUGUGAGCAAGGAACACAAACAGCAGCUACAGGAAGGUAUAAAAGGCAGAGAAGACAUCAGAGAAGCUAUACAGAUGUUUCUGCAAAAAAGGAGGAAACAAACAGAGAUUUAUUUCAUCAACCUUCUGCUUGGACUAGCAUGCACAACCUGUCCAUGCAUCUGUCACAGCUUCUUCAGAACACUUCUGAGCUGCUGGGAAACCUUUCCCAACAGAGUAUUAUAGAUAAUGAGCAGAAUGCCAAAAUCAACCAAAAACAAACUGAAGGUGCUUUAAAGGCUAUUAGAUCAGAUAGCUGUACUCAGACUACAUCAGAUGUAGGCACUCAGACUGAGAUUUUGGAAAAAUCUCAAAGCAAACAUGAAGAAAAACAAGUGGAGGCAAAAAUGGAGAAGGAAUUGAGGACAGCUCAGGUAGUAAAUGUUGAUUGGAAAGAAAUUGAUGCAGAUAUAGUAGGAGAGAUUCCCAAAAGGAAAGAGGAAUCACCUUCUGUUGAAGAAAGAACACAAGAAAAAACAGGGAUGAAAAGUCUGGGCAAUUCUGACUUCCAUGACAGUCUUGACAGCAUUUUGGAAGACUCCUUUAUGCAUCUGCCUUGUUUACCCAAAAAUUCCACCCCCACCUUACAUUUUCAAAAAACAUCACUAAAUGCACAGCAGAAUGUUGCUUUUACUAGUACCAGAGCUUCACCUCUCACAUCAUCUUUGCCAAGUUCAGGGCAAGAUGGUUCUUCAUGCACUCUAGUUAGCAGCCCUACUAAUAGCACCUCUCAUUCUCCAACGUCUUACACUCAGGACAAAAGAAGUGUCAACGAAACAGAGACUCCAGCGGAAAGAAAAUUUUGGUACAAAAAUAUCCUGCUAGUCGAUAGGGCCUCUUCCCCUAUUCUUACUCUCAGCGCUAGUCCCAGCAGCCAGACUGCUUUUAACAAGUCUGUCUGCCCUAUUAAGGAACCUCUUGGAUACUCCAGUGUUGCUUCAAGUCCCCUUCACACACAGAGAAAGAUGAGGGCAGGUCCGCAGUUCAGCAUGCAACAUCAUGUGGACAGUUUUUCACAGACAGAAACAGAGAGUGAAUCAAGUACCUCUAGAGAACACAAGAGCAUCAGAAAGAAAUCUGGAACUUUCUCAGAUAAGAAAGCAGCCAAAGAUCUUUUAGGACAGGAUGGUUCAAAAAACUUUGAACAGCAGCACAGGCUCAGGGUUGACACCCACACUACCAUUUGUGCAGAACAGCUGUAUCACUCCAGCAGCAUGUUGGAGGUGUCAGGCCACAGUGGAGUUGUAACAGGUGAUGUCAGAGACCAGGGCUCAGUUGCACAUUCUCUUCAUUGUAUGUAUGUUACAAGGGGUGGAAGAGGUUCUUCAGGUGGAACCGGGCAUGAAAAGUACACUGGGAAUUCGGAUACUGCUUUGAUUCGUAACUACCCUUCUCCAAAUGCUGAAUUAUUUUUUAAUAAAAAAAUUAGUGCUCCUUGUUCAAGUAAGACAAAUGCUGGCACAUCCUCAGAACCUCUGGUAGAAGCAUCUUCUCUACAAUUUCAUGAUUUCUUCUGGAAGAAUGAGAACAGCUGCCCUCCCCCACCCUCUGAUGUGAGUGAUGUGCAGACUUCCUUCCGAGAUGACAGUACAGGAUCCAUCACUGGAAGUGAAUGUGACACUGAAAUUCCUGUCAGCAAGAACACGACUUUUGCAAAGCCAUACAGGCCUCGGAGCUACAGUCUCCGUGACUUACCCAUACACAAUAAAUUUAGCAACUGGUGCGGUGUUAAGAGCAGCCCUCCUCCCUUGUUACUCGGCUUGAGUGGCAGCGUGACCGACUUAAGAAGUCAGGCAGAAAAGAAGCCUAGAAGCACAGGAUCAACAGAAAUGGAAGGGAAAUACCAGUCCUGUGACAGCAGGAGCAGAGAGAUUAAGAGACUUCAGAGAGAGCGUGCCCAGAUCAUGUCUAGCAUUCACCUGGAUCUGCAUCAGCAUCCCCUCACAGUGGAACUGACUGAAGCAAAGCUCAAUUAUGGCAUCGGGGAAACAGAUGCCUUGCUGAGGGUCCUCCAGAGAGGAACUGCAGAUGAGCCAGGGCCAAUUCCAGUGAAGCAGCAACUUUAUGAAAGACAUAUGAGAACUAUUGAAACUCUGAGGAAGGAAAGAGCAAAAAGGCUACAAAGGUACCAAAGAAGCCGAAGCCUGAGUCCCCAAAAGCAUUUGAGUCUGUCCCAGACUCUGGAUGCAAGUCAGAGGGAUCUGGAUCUCCCCAGCAGACGCCGGGAAUAUCUGCAAAAGCUGAGAAGAGAUGUGGUGGAAAACACCAGAGUUCAAGAACCAAAAAGAAGAAGUGUUCAGCACCCCUCAGACAUUGAACUGUUGCUCCGAGACUAUCAGAGGGCACGAGAGGAAACCAAAACUGAAAUUGCAAGAGCUAGGGACAAACUCAGGGAGAGAGCAGAGCAAGAAAAAAGGCGCAUACGGGAACAAAUAUUUUCUCAGUUACAGAAGGAAGAAGCAAGACUGAAGACUCUUGCAAGUACAAGCACUUUAUGUACAGACUCCAGCCUGAGCCUCUCCUCUGGCCCAACAUCUGGUUACAACAGCAGUAACACUGCCACAUACACUGCAAGUAACUUCAGCAGCCAGGAAGGGCAGGUUUCUUCUGGAAAUACUUUGGUUUCAAGAGACACUCGAGGUCGCUCAGCUGUUAGAAAUAGUCAGCUUUAUACAUUAGAGCAAUUGCAUAAGGAUUCAACAUUUGAAGCCAGCGGAAUUCAGCCACCUCUUCUUUCAAGUGGCACCAGCUGUAGGUUCACUCAUGGAUUAACUAUUUCUGUCAACUCCUCUUCAACAAAAGGAUACCAAGAUUUAUCCAAGCAUAUCUUGGCUAAUGCUACUACUGAGGUAAUGGCAGCAUGCUCUCAUAACCUGAGGAACCUCUACACGUGCCAAGCAGCAGCUGGGUGGAAAUAUCAGUGUACAGAAAAAGAGGUGCAGGUGUACUACAAAGUCUUCCCUUCAGCAACAAGGCAUGGAUUUCUGGGAGCAGGAGUGAUAGAAAGACCUCUUCCCUAUGUGUGGGGACUGGUGAGAGAUCCUGGCAAAAGGCACCUCUAUGACAGCUCUAUCAAUACAGCUCGAAUACACAAGAAGGUAACCAGCCACAUUCACCUGGUAUAUUUAGUGACUGACGCCUCCCUAUGUUACCUAAAGCAGCCCCGGGAUUUCUGUUGCAUUACUGUAGAAGCCAAAGAGGAGAACUUGUCUGUCCUGGCUAUUCAGUCCGUCUACGAUGCAUCCAUGCCUCACCCUUGUAAAGAAGCAGUGAGAGGGGAGAUUUUGCCAAGUGCUUGGAUACUGGAACCUGACAUAGUGAAUGGAAGAGAGAUCACCAGAGUUAUUUACAUGGCACAGGUGGACCUUGGUGCCCCGGCCAUCCCUGCCAGGCUCCUGAGUUCCAUGGCCAAGCGGCAGCCCCUGGUGAUUGCUCGGCUGGCUCACCUGCUCUCUGCUUAG